AGAUAAUGUGUAGAUAUUGUACAAUGUACAAGUGUGCAAGGAUAAAAUGUAUCUGUACAAUAUUAAAACAAACUGAACAAAAGUAUGACGCUGACCGAGGUUAGAACAUACUAUGACGAGGUCCACAGGGUCACUAUUACCAGGCAGUCUGGGGAACCCCUCGGGCUCACCAUCAAGAUGGAGGGGGAGUGCGUCGUCGUUUCAAGAAUUAUCGACGGCGGUCUUAUCGAACGCAACGGACUAAUCGACCUGGGAGAUAUUAUCGUUGAAGUGGGCGGAGUCCCGAUCGAGAGUCCGGAUGACCUGAUGUAUCAAGUGGGCGUGUCUGGGAAGAAAAUCACAUUUCUUGUAAAGAAAACCCCGGUCGAGAAUCUGAAAAACAUGGCUAUAGCUCAGACCCCGAGCCUGAGAAAGCAGAUCAACCAGAAGACGACGAAUGUAGAGCAAAAGGUGCUCUGCUACAUGAAGGCGUUGUUCAGUUAUGAUCCAAGAGAAGAUACUUUACAUCCUUGUCCUGAGAUAGGUCUUCUCUUCUUUCAGGGAGAUAUAUUAGCAAUAGUUAAUCAGGAUGACCCUAACUGGUGGCAGGCUAGACUAGCUGACUGCCCUGGACCUGCUCAGAUCAUCCCGUCCCUAGAACUAGAAGAACGCAGGAAAGCGUAUGUGGACCCGGAGUCAGAUUACGCAAAUAAAAUAGGACUCUGUGGAACCUUCACGGCGAAGAAGAAGAAAAAGAAGUUGUACGAGUCAAGAUCCAAUACACAGUUCGACAAGGCCGAGCUGAGCCUGUAUGAGGAGGUGAUUAAGCUACCUCCUUUCAGGAGGAAAACCUUGGUUCUCAUCGGAGCUAACGGAGUAGGACGGAGAACAUUAAAGAAUCGUAUUAUUGAGAACAAUCCGGAGAGAUUCGCGGCACCAAUCCCACAUACUUCAAGACCUAAACGACCGGAGGAGGAUAAUGGAUUUAGGUACUGGUUUGUGGACCGUGAGGAUCUAGAGAUCAGUAUCCGUCGUCAUGAACUGCUAGAGUACGGAGAUCAUCAAGGAGAACUCUAUGGAACUAAACUAGACUCAGUUAGACAAAUAAUAUCUACAGGACGUAUCUGUGUACUUGAUUGUACUCCAGGGGCCCUGAAACUCCUCCACAACUCUAACGAGUUUAUGCCCUACGUGGUGUUCCUCGCUGCCCCUGGUAUGGACGAGAUGAAGCACGUUUACGAUAACGACAAAAUGACCGGCGCGAUCAUGGCGUCCCAGAGAACCUUAAAUAAUUUUGAGAAAACCUCGUCAAUUCGUCGUAGCUCAAGACGGGCGAAAACCCUGGAAUCCCUCAGUUCACUCUACGUAGAAGAAGAUAUUGUAAAGAACCUGGAAGAAAGUGCGCGACUGCAACGCGCGUACGCGAGUUAUUAUGAUAAAAUUAUCGUCAAUGAGAGUUGGGAUGAUACCUAUCUUAAGAUAAUGAAUGCAAUAGAGGAUGUAGAACAUGAUUCGAGUUGGGUUCCGGCCAAAUGGGUUUACUCUUAAUCCUUUAUUUAUUUGGAGAGGGGUAGAAGGGGGGGGUCCCUACUUUCUGUCUUAAUAUCAACAAAAUAGUUUUCCCUUGUUACCCUUACUCUUAAACUUUUGAAACUUUUAGAGAGAAAUUUUCUCAUUAUAUGUUUUUUAACUUUCACCCCAAAUCUCCUUCAAACAGCUCCUAUUCCCCUAAAAUCUUUAGCGAGUUUUUUUUAUCUUGAUCCAUGAUUAAAGUGGCCAUUUUGAAAUAGGCAUUGUGACUAGAUUCUCAUACAUAGACGCUUAUUUAUCAAGAGACUUAUUCAAACUAUGUACGUGUCUGUUUAUUGUCGAAUGUUUGGAGGAUUUUGCGUGGUACGAAUAUGAUAAUGAUUUAACAAAUCAUGUAGAAAUCAAGUUACGCCGGAAGAUUUUUAAACGUUGUAAAACAUUUAAAUAAAAUUGUAAACGUUUUUUUCAUUCAUGAAACAUACUAGCUGAAUGUAUUUUUGUAUUAAAUGUUCAAGUCUGGCA